AUGGAGGAGUUCGACUUUGUACUGAAAGAAAACCCUCCAAACGUACCUGCAGUCUUUAGCAACAGAAAUGGGAUUCCGGCUGUUCAAGAGGCAGCCUCUAAGCCUUUUAGAGCCACCCUUAAACAAUAUUGUAGAGACUAUUCACCCGACUUGGUGUGUCUGCUAGAGUCAAAGGUUUCAGGUGACCACGCGAAUCGCAUCAGUACUAGCUUUGGUUUUGAGGAAUGGAUUAGAGUGGAGGCUGUUGGGUUCUCCGGAGGCAUUUGGGUUUUCUGGAAUCACCCUUUGAGGAUACAAGUACUAAAUACACAUCCUCAAUUUGUUAACCUUCAAGUCGAUGAACAGAACUCUAGUCCAUGGAUUUUAUCUCUGGUAUACGGCAGCCCUAACAUCUCUUUGUGUAAGAAACUUUUUGCAGAACUUUCCCUUAGCAACUUUGACAGAUAUCCAUGUUGGUUAGCAUGCGGUGACUUCAACUCCGUUACUAGUAUAGAAGAAGUAAGCAAUGCCGAAUGCUUUAACCUAUCAAGAUGCUCCGACUUCAAAGAAUGGAUUUUCCGGGAAGGGCUUAUCGACCUUGGAUUCACAGGAUCGAGAUAUACAUGGAUGAGAGGGACUAACACUGCUUCGUUUAGAGGUGCUAGAUUAGACCGAGCGCUAAGUACUGUAGAUUGGAGAAUCAGGAAUCCAAACGCAAUGGUGGAGCACCUCCCAAUAAUCAACUCGGAUCAUGCACCCUUGCUAAUUACCUGCAAUCCAAGUCUAAACACCGUAACAAGGAAGCCCUUCAGAUUUAAUAUGGCUUGGUCCUUGCAUACGGACUUCAUGAAUUGUGUUAGAAGCUCAUGGGACACUGGAAAAGGGUUAGAAGAAAAUAAGAUCAGAACGGCGGAAGCUCUACAAAACUGGAAUAGAAACACUUUUGGCGACAUUUUCCAAAGGAAGAAACGGCUCCUCUCAAGGAUUAAAGGAGUCCAGCGCAGCCUAUCAUCUCAUAUUAGGAACGAUCUAAUCAGAUUGGAGAGGAAACUAAGGGAGGAACUUCAACUAACGCUCCAGCAGGAAGAGCUACUAUGGUAUCAGCGCUCGAGAGAAGAAUGGAAUACAUCAGGAGAUUGCAACUCAAAGUUUUACCACACUGCCACCUCGGCAAAGAAGAACAGAGCUAAGAUCACCUCUCUAUGA